CGUCGGUAUUACGUCCAAUCGAGAGGCUGAGAAAGCGUCUGUGAUAUUGUCAACCUCACUUGCGCGUGAUUAUUACUCCCACAUUCGUCUCAUCCAUCAGUCGUCUCUUCUGCACUCCAACACACUCCAUACUUGUAAAUCGGAAACCAAAGAAUCGAUCAAUAGAAGCGAUGGAGUACUGGCAGAGGGCGAAAACCUUCGCCGAAGAAGCCGCGAAGAAGACGCAAACCCUAACGUCUCCAGCGAGGAUCGCCGACAUCGUCUCCGAAACAGCCAAGCGGUCGAAGGAGUUCGCGGCCGAGGCGUCGAAGAAGGCCGACGAGAUCAAGUCACUCGCCGAUCAGGGCAUCAAGUCCCUCGCCGAUCAGAUUCCGUCUUCUCUCUCUCUCCUCGAUUCUCCCCCACCUCCUCCGCAGUCGGAGCACUCGCCUUCGGAGCUCGAGAAGUUCGGCGUCACCGACGAUCUUAGAGAGUUUGUUCGUGGACUCACGUCCAGCACCUUCCUCAAUUUCCCUGAUAAAGAUGAUUCAGUUAUAUCGGAUGUGCCAACUGUCUCAAAUGUUCGGCAAGAUCUCACGGAAUGGCAGCAGCAACAUGCUUCUAUUGUUCUUACCACUGUCCAGCAAAUUUCAAGACUAAGAUAUGAGCUAUGCCCGCGUCACAUGAAAGAUGGAAAAUUCUGGAGGAUAUAUUUCACACUUGUGAGCACUCAUGUGGCACCAUAUGAGAAGCAGUACAUGGAAGAGGCGAAGUUAAAAGAAGAACAAAAUAAAGAUGAUAAAUCCAAGCAAACUUUGAUAGAUGGCAACCCCCAUAGUCCAGGAGUGACGGUAACCAAGCAGAAAAGUUUGACCUCAACCUCGUCAUCAGCUGAGCAGGACUUGGAUACAUUUCUUUUAGGUGAUCUUGAAGAUGGUGAUGGAGGUGCAGAUGAUGGAGACGAGGCUUUUGAUGAUGAUUUUGACAAGAUUGGCAACUCGGAUGUCGAAGAUGAACCAAAGUUGUAGAAAGACCAUAAUUGCAUCAAUUGUGGUUUUGAAAAGGAAAUGUGGUCACUGUUACAUGGAACUACUAUCAUGUAAAGAGGGAAUGUGCAGCUGUGCUUCAUUGCCGCGUUUGUUCUUUUCUUGUGCAGUUUUAAGGCAUUGUCUGCUGGUUGCUUAUCAGAUUCGUGAAAAGUGUCGAUUCGUGUUUCUUUCAUUGCUUCUGGCGUUAAACAGAAUUGUCUUUCUUGUUUUGUGUAUCUGGAUUCAGUUAAUUCACUUCUUCCGUAUAGUUGUAAAAUAUAUCAGUAUGAAAUGUUUGAGAUUCAUUCUAAUAAUUAGAAGCCUUGAAAUAUAAUUUCGCAAUUUAGUCA